AUGAAUUUGAGGGAUGGACAAACAGAAAAGAUAGAAAAAGACUUUUCACGAUUGUUAGAGAGAUAUAAUCGUUCAAAAUAAGUCAUUGAUUAAUUGUAUUAAUCAGGCGGGAAGAAUGAUACUACAAUACGUUCUGAGAAAAAUUAUAAAGAGGAAAAGGAAUACGUAUCAAGAGAUAAGUAUAACAAAAUGAGAAGUUUAAAUAAAGAGCUUAAAGUAUAAAUUAAUAAUAAAAAAAGAUAACUCUAAAAGAAUAUAUUGAUCAAACAAAAGAACUGGAAUCAACAAUUAGAGGGAAAGAUGAACUUAUUGAAAAGUAUGAGAAGGAACUAAGAGAAUAAUAGGAGAAUUUGUAUAAUCAAUUACAAGAAUAAAAAGAAUAGAUUUUGAAAGAAGAUUAAUAAGCACGAUCUAAUGAAGAACUAAGAGCUUAAUUAUCAUAGGCUAAAUAGAAAUUGAUUAAAAAGAAAGCAAAAAUUCAAUUAUUAAAAGACUCUCAAAAAACAAAUGAUGUAUAAUUAAAUUAAUAUUGUAUUUAGAGUAAGUUUGAAGAUUAGAAAUAAGUAUUCUAAUAAGAAUUAGAUAGAGUGUAAAAAUUGUGUGAAGAUUUCUCAAAUGAAAUGUAAUAUUAAUUGAUUAAUGGUUAAUUAGUAAAGAUUCAGAAAAGAGAAUCAUUUGUUUAAGUGAAGAUAAUGAGCAUUAUAAAUAAUUACUAGAUUAGAAAGAGGAAGAUAGAAGAUAUUUAGAGAUGAUGAUUUAAGAAGAGAGAGAGAAUACAAAUAAAAUAAGGUCUAAAAUUUAAGAAUUUAUAGAUGAGAAAAAGAUUUUGUAAAUAACAAUUGAAAAUUAAGGGAAGAGAGUUUAAGAUUUAGAAGAACAAUUAAAAUAAGCUGAUAUAAGAUAUUAAAUGUUAUAAGGUAAAUUAGAUUAAGAGAAAUAAGGAUUAAUAAAUGAAUUAUAAGAAACUUUAUAGAAAAGAAAAUAAAAAACUAAAUAAAUGCAAUCUUAAAUCUAAUAAUUAGAAUCAAAAUUAUAAGAAAAAGUAAAAGAAGAUAUUUUAAUUAAUAAAUAAAUAUAAGAUUUAUAAGGAGAAUAAAUGAAGUUGUAAUCAUUAUAUGAAGAUUAAAAAUAAAAAACAGAUUAAGCAAACAAUGAAGUUUAAUUUAAAGUUCAAGAAGUAAGAGAUCUUAAAGGAGAAAUAGAAAAAUAGAGAUACACUAUUUAAAUUUAAGAUGAAAAAUUAUCAAAAUAUGAUGUUCAAUAUUAGAUUGAUUAGAAAGAAAAAUAAAGAUUACAUCAUGAAAUUGAGAUUUGUGGAUAAGAAAAUAGAAAAUUAUAACAUUUAAUAUAUGAAUAAGAUAGAGAAAUUGAUUACAUGAGAUAAUCAUAAGAAUAAGUAUUAUAAGAUUUUAUAAAAUUAUAAUAGGAGAUCUUACAUAUUGAGAAGAAGGUUGAUUCUUUAGUUACAGAAGUACAUGUUGCUAGAGAUGAGGCAAAUGAAUGGAAGCGAAAUGCUAAUGAUUUGAAAAGAUAGUUAUAAUAAUAAGAAGAACAUACUAAUUAAUUUAAAGCUAAGUAUUUGAAGAGUAAAUAGAAUUCAAAAAAUUUAGAAAAUGAAUAAAGAAUUGUAAUUUAAUUAUAUAAUAAUUUUUAGUUAGAAGAAAAAGUGAAAUCAUUAGAAAAUGAAAAAUUGUAUGGAGAAAGAGAAGCCUUGAAAAAUACUGUAGUUUAAUAAAAAUAUGUUUAAUAAAGUAAAAUUAAAGUACUUGAUGAAAUCUAGAAUAUGAUCAAGUAACAUAAAUAUAGAGAAUGA